CCAUAUCAUCAUCACUACUAAUAUACUCUGAUCAUCAAAUUCUGUUCUCUACCCACCAAAAACUAUACACAAAACACUGAUCCAAACCCAUAAUUCCAAGUCAGCAGCAUUAAUUACUUUGGUCUUCUACUGAGAAAAAAUGGCAGCUGCAAAUGCUUUCUCAAACACAAGAAGUUCAAGUAGUAGUUCCAAGGUCAGGACAUGGCCAAGGUGUUCAAAGCAAAUUAGAGAACAGAGAGCAAGGCUUUACAUCAUUUGGAGGUGUACCGUGUUGCUCCUUUGCUGGCAUGACUGAGUUCAUCAUCAUCACCUGGCUUAUGCUAGCUGAUUGAAUUAAUUAGUUGAGUUGAGAUGAGCUAAAUUGAAGAGUACCCAAGUUGUAAUUAAGCUCAGAUAGAUAUCAAGCCUCUUGGUUAAGGGUAUUUUCAACUUUUUGGUGAUCAUAAAGGUUUGAGAUCUCAAUUCUUGGUGAUCAGAUCAGUUGGCCUACUUAUUGACUUUUAGUUUUGUUUUGCUAAUUAGUUUAGAAAUUUAGGCAAAGCUUUUGAAGCAUAUGUACAUUUAUCAUAUCAACAGAUGUUAUAAUAUCAUACCUUUUUCCAACA